UGUGUGCAUUUGUAAAUUUUGUGCACAUUUGUGUAUCCUCUGUGUGUAUUUAUGAAUUAUGUGUGUGCAUGUAUGAAUCCUAUGUGUGCAUAUGUGAAUGAAGUGUGUGCAUUUAUCUUUAUUGAGACUCUUUUGGCUCUAUAAACUAGCAGUCAAAAGGUUUGAACAGUAAGAGUUUUUUUUUUACUUUUUUUACUGUUUUUUUUUUCAGAAUUGUUCUUAUGCUCGCCAAGCCUGCAUUUAUUUGAUCCAAAAUUCUACUACUAAUAGUAACAACAAAAAUAUAACUUCUUUAAGAAUGCGUCCUGGUUUAUUGACAGUAGGUAAACAGUAACAAGUUGAUCAGUUACAUAUUAACUGAAACACCUUGAAUCUGAUCGAUGGUGAAACACAGCAGCGUCUGUCAACAGAGAAACACCAAACCGAUGUGAGAGCGGCUCCAUACAGAACCUGAUGUUUGUUUGCAUCAUACGGGAAGAAGAAGUGAGUGAGUGGUGGAGAUUAAAGCCAAAAGGAUGGAUACAGAUCCAUAUAAUGCAAUUGAAUGUGCCUUUAUUUCAUUGAAAUAGAGUUAAAGGCGAUGGACGAGUUUCCUCAGUUAAUGUGUUUGUGAUCUGGAAAACAGAGACUGUCGUUAUUAUCACGGGUUGGAGGUGUAGUUUGAGGACGUUGGCAACAUGAUGUUGGACCAUGCCGAUGUGAGUUUGACCCCAGAUGAACGGGUGCGGGCCUAGACCAAGAAGGGCAGUGCGUUAGACAUGGAUGAAGCAGUGCCCCUCUGCCGAUACUUCUGCUCGGGCAUGGAGGCUUUUUAUGGAAAAGCUCCCCAAGGAUCCAGAAUAUAAACUGUCUAACAUUCCUGAGAAGAAACAGACGAAGCUAAAGGAGACCGGUUUUCCUCAAGCAGAGCAGCUGAAGAAACAUUUACCAAGGAGAUAUGAGAAAAUAUAUGCUGAGAUCAUCAGCAAAAAGGACGGGCUUCUUCAGACUGACAGACUAAGACAUGGAGGAGAUCUCACCCCAAAGAACCUCCUCUUUUUACUGGUGGGAGCCACAUAUAGUCUCGAUGCCAGACCUGCGAUGAUCCAUCUCUGAUGUUCACACAGUGGCACCAUAAAGCUUUUUUUUUUUAUCUGUCCUCGCUAACUCCUCUGAUGGACUCGCUCUCGUAUGACAGCAGCUUUUACUGGUGGUGGGUUUCUAACGGACAGACACUCAUCUAAAACUAGCACUUUUUUUUUUUUUUUUAAACUAGUUAUUUUAUGAUAUCCCUUGGGAGCUCAGGAAUGCAAACACCUCCACAGGACUGCAGCGCAUCCUAGUUUCAGUUUGCUUUGUCCUGAUGAUCUAGUGAGCCUUACACAAACGUUUUGUUGCCCACCAAGUUUAUUUAUGCUCUUAGUGACGUCACACACACUAACAUAUCACAUCUGCAGAAACGACAUUAGAGCAAAGGCUUUUAUAAAGUAGGCUACUGAGCUGAACGGGUCACUCCUGCAGGGCUGCACCUGUCAUAAAUGCCAGCCAUUAUCAGCCUAAUUCAUUUCUUAUAUAUUUUGUAAAAGCAGCUUCAGUUUUGGUGACAAUCACUCCAUGAUGUUGAAUUAUCAGUUUAAAUCAGAAUUACAAGAAAAAAUGCUAAAAGCAGCAGUUAGGGUGUUUCUCUCUCAUGGUGGAAACGCGUUUCUAUAGUGUACAGAACUAGUUUUAACUUGAGCCUUGUGAAUGUAGAAGUGUGUCAUUCGCCACGUGUCUUGACAUGCGAGCGUGACUGUCAAACAUUCCCAUCUACCACAUAUUUACAUAAAGAAAUAUGGAAAAGCAGUGCAAUGGAAUGCAAAAAUGCGUUCUUUGUGAACGGCUUGAUAAGCUUGUUUUUUAUACAAACAGUUGUACAGUUUCAUAUCAGGGAAAGGAGGAAGCGGUUAAAUUAGAAAAAUCCCCCCCAGCUAGUGUUUUAUGUUAUAUGUGGUGAAGAUGAUAAAGGCUGAAUGAUUGAUGUCAGGCUACUGAAUUAUUAAUACUUAACGCACACAUAUUAAUAUCAUUAAUUCAUUGGUGUGUUCUUUCUUACUGUAUCCCAUAUCACUACUUCCCUUUAUUGAUGUAUUUGACUGGUAACUUUCUAUCAUGUCACAUUGUUUAUUACAGUUUUCCCUCUUUUAAAGUAUGACCUGAUAAAGAAAUC